AAGAUUUUAAGACCUUAAAACUGUCGAAUACAAUGUGCUGCAGAUAACACAAACUCUGGCCUUGUAACAUGUUUGUGUUCGUACAUGAACUUGUAAAGAAAGUGUUGCAGUCAAACCAAAUCUCACUCACUCACUUAUUUCAGUCAGGACGUGGUUUUCUGUUCAGUUGAUCCCAACUCAUUCACCUCAUUGAAUUUUCACCCUGACUGAACUUUGACCGGUGAAAACACAACAACUGUGAUCUUCAUCAGUGUCGCAGCAGUAAAAAAGAAAAAGGACAGGUCGAGUAGUGAGCAGCAAUACGUAACGACACCACAGCCCUGCAGCCAGCAACACGGCCAUUAGUCCUUUUACACCUGUGUUUGUCGCCCAUGAAAGACGUCCAUACAGGUAGACGACAGGUGAGACUCACAUGAUAUCAGAGCCAAGAGGUUAUUUGAAUAUUAUUAUGCCAAAUUAGAUCAUGUUUGAUCCGUUUACCUGCUGUUACCUUGAGCAAUAAUUCAAUGUCUCCACCACUUGAGCAUGUUUGUAUAUUUAUAAAUUUUUUUACGACUGCACAUUGAGCUACAGGAGAAACGCCAUGUCGUUCUGCUGCGUUCUGUUUCACCUGUCUGUCAGGUGCAUCAUGGGACAAAUAACACUCUUUUUCCAUUCUUAUUAAUACACAGAGAUAUGUGACAUUAUUACGUUUCCAGCGCAGCUCCAACAGAGUUAAACCUGAGCAGGUAAUCAGCCACAAUCACUGAAAACGUCUCAAUAAAAAACAUGUAGAAGAAAUGUCAUUAUAUUAGUUUACUGUGUUUUCAUUAAAACAGCCUUUACUCACAUCAUAUAGAUACAAAAGUGAUGCAAUCUUUUAUUUUAGUUUAUUUUUUAAUUGCAAAAUAAAACUGUCAAUGUAUGAAGUCUCAAUGUAUAGUGAAAUAACGACUUAAUAUCCCCCUUAUAUGUAUAUUUAGUGAUUAUUUUAUUAUUAAUUAAUGUAUCUAUUUAUCAAUUUAUUGUCAAAUAAUUAGCAUUAUCUUUUUCUGGUGAUAAAGCAAAGAAAAAGGACUGAAGGACUGUCCCAUAACCCCACUGAAUAAUAAUAACAAUAAUAAUAACAAUAUAAUAAUGAUAAUAACUAUUGUAAUAAUAAUAAUAAAUAGAGGGUUGUAAGUUAUUAAACAUGAAAUAAAUCUCAUCCUAACUUUGUGUGUUUCACUUGUGUUGUCGUGUCCACAACAGUUUGAUGUUCGUGCACUUCCGGAACUUUCGUAAUGGCUUUUUUUUUUUUUUUUUUUUUUUUUUUUGUGCAGAGCGCGUGCAGGGACCAACAGCACCGACCCUCCUCUUCCAGCAAGAAAACUGAUGAAUGAGUGAAAGCGGCCGAGCUGCCCUGCAUCUGAUUCACCACUUCACCGGUAACAGCUUCUCACUUGGAGGGACUUGCUGCAGAACCGGGGACGGAAGGUGUGUGUGAGCGGUGUGGCCAUGCUGAGGUAGCAGCAGCCUGCAGGUCAGGAUGUCUGAUGAAGAAGAGGAGCGGCUGAACAGGAGGAGGAGGGAGGAGGCGAUCUGUUACGUCAGCGGUGAAGACGAAGACAACGAUGGAGACGAUGAAGAUGAAGGGACACCUGACCAGUCCCACAGCGCCCCCUUCAGCUCCGAGAAUGAGGCUCAGGGAGGCGACCCCGCUGUGUGGCAGUGCACUCCUCCCCCAUCUACCUCACCUUCGGGAGAGACGCCGGCCCACCCUCCCCCCUCCCAGCCCACCUCCAGACCCCGCUCCAGGCCGGCCAGCCAAAGCCCCUCCCCUCCCUCCGCCCUGACAGGAACCAAGAAGAGGAGCUCCAAACCGGCGCACAUGAGACGCAACAUCAGGAAGCUACUGAGGGAUCAUCAGUUGGAGGCAGUGACCAAAGCCGUCCAGCAGGAGGAGCUGGAGAGGAGGCGACGUCUCGACCAGCAGAGAAAACAGGAUUUCCCCGUACCGCUGCUGCCUGAGUACACGACCGGCGAAGUGACGAAGCAUGUGUCUUCGUCAUCAGCAUCAACGGCGUCACAGCAAGACGUGAAGUCGGCCAGACGGGAAGUGAUCUGCCUGGACUCCAGCAGCACGGGCAUCAGCGACGACGCUGGCAAGACGAACGUACCCACCUCCAUCACUACAGAGCGCAGACGCAAAACAGAUGUGAUCGACCUGAGCUCGGGCGAGGACGACGCCACCGUCCACAUCAGCAGCGAGUCCACCAACGAGGAAGAAGAGAGCGAGCCGAGCGGCGCGCACGCCGACGACGCCCUCAACCGACCGGACGCCCGGGGCCGCGUGCUGGUCAACCUGAACCACCCGGACGAGGAGACGGACGUCUUCCUGUCGCCGCAGCUGGCACGAGCCGUCAAGCCUCACCAGAUCGGUGGAAUCCGUUUCCUGUACGACAACCUGGUGGAGUCGACGGAGCGCUUCAGCAGCAGCAGCGGCUUCGGCUGCAUCCUGGCUCACAGCAUGGGCCUGGGCAAAACGCUGCAGGUCAUCGCCUUCAUCGACGUCCUGUUCAGACACACCCAGGCCCACACCGUGCUCGCCAUCGUACCUGUGAACACGUUGCAGAACUGGCUGUCAGAGUUCAACACCUGGGUCCCGCCCCCGGAGGCGUUACCUGCAGACACCGACCCCGGACUGGUGACGCCUCGCGCCUUCAAGGUUCACAUCCUCAAUGACGAACACAAAAACACAGCCACCCGGGCCAAGGUGGUGGAGGACUGGGCUCAGGACGGAGGCGUGCUGCUGAUGGGCUACGAGAUGUACCGCCUGCUGUCGCUGAAGAAGAGCUUCGUGGCCGGGAGGAAGAAGAAGAGCAAGAAAACGGCCGGACCAGUCGUCAUCGACCUGGACGAAGAGGACCGACAGCAGGAACUGCUCAAAGGUAUCGAGAGGGCUCUGGCCCGACCCGGUCCAGAUGUGGUGAUCUGUGACGAAGGCCAUCGCAUCAAGAACUGUCACGCCAGCACGUCGCAGGCUCUGAAGAACAUCCGGACUCGCCGCCGCGUGGUCCUGACCGGAUACCCGCUGCAGAACAACCUGAUCGAGUACUGGUGCAUGGUGGACUUCGUCCGGCCCGACUUCCUGGGUACGCGGCAGGAGUUCAGUAACAUGUUCGAGCGUCCCAUUCUGAACGGGCAGUGUGUGGACAGCACGCCGCAGGACGUCCAGCUGAUGAGGUACCGGAGCCACGUCCUGCACAGUCUGCUGGAGGGCUUCGUUCAGAGACGAGGCCACGACGUCCUGAAGGACCAGCUGCCGUCGAAGGAGGAGCAUGUGAUCCUGGUCCGCCUGUCGCCGCUGCAGAGGGCGCUCUACACCGAGUUCAUGAACCGCUUCAGAGAGGCGGGAAACACCGGCUGGCUCAGCCUCAACCCGCUGAAGGCGUUCUGUGUCUGCUGCAAGAUCUGGAACCACCCGGACAUUCUGUACGAGGCCUUGCAGAAGGAAAACCUGGCGAGCGACCAGGACCUGGACCUGGAUGACAUGACCUCCACGGGACCCGCCCGAUGUCUGACCGCACCCAAUCAGAAGUCCAAGCCCCUGGAGAACCCCACCCCCAUCGGUGGACUGAGUCUCAACCAGCUGCAGGAGAAAGCCAAUCAGGUCAUCACGUACGAAUGGGCGAAGGACAUCAUGUGCGACUACAAACCCGGCAUCCUGGAGAACUCUGCGAAGAUGGUGAUGCUGUUCCACCUGAUAGAGGAGAGCGUGAGGAAGGGAGACAAGCUGCUCGUCUUCAGUCAGAGUUUGUCCACGCUGACGGUGAUCGAGGAGUUCUUGGCCAAGAGGGCGGUGCCCCCCUCCCCCAACACGUCCAGAGACAGACCCAAUCAGAACUGGGUCCGCAACCUCAACUACUACAGACUGGAUGGAAGCACCACGGCCUCAGAGAGAGAGAGACUGAUCAACCAAUUCAACGAUCCAUCCAACACCUCCGCCUGGGUCUUCCUGCUGUCGACCAGGGCCGGUUGUCUGGGCGUGAACCUGAUCGGGGCGAACCGCGUGGUGGUGUUCGACGCCUCCUGGAACCCGUGUCACGACGCCCAGGCCGUGUGCCGCGUCUACCGCUACGGUCAGAGGAAGCCGUGUCACAUCUACCGACUGGUGUGUGACUUCACGCUGGAGAAGAAGAUCUACGACCGGCAGAUUUCCAAACAGGGGAUGUCAGACCGGGUGGUGGACGACCUGAACCCUGUGCUGACCUUCACCCGGAGGGAGGUGGAGUCUCUUCUUCACUUCGUGGAGGAGGAGCCGGACCCCUCCCAGGUCCAGCUGCAGCCCCAGGACGGCACGGAGAGCGUCCUCAGGAAGGCGCUGCACCUCUACCCUCACCUGAUCACCAAGCAACCGUUCCCCCACGAGUCGCUGCUGAUGGACCGCAGGGAGCUGAAGCUGAGCAGCGCCGAGAAGUCGGCCGCUAAGAAAGGUUACGAGGAGGAGAAGAGGGCGUCGGUGCCGUACACCCGCCCCUCCUACGCCCACUACUACCCUGCCAGUGACCAGAGCCUCACCAACAUCCCCGCCUUCAGCCAGAGGAACUGGCGUCCCCCCCCCCGUGCUGAGGAGAAGCCGGUGGCCAGCGUCCGGACGGCCCAGUCAACCCCGGUUCCCGUGAUGCCCCGCCAGACGUCUGCAGGCUCUGCCCCCGGCAACAAUUCAUCCGGAUCCAGCCUCGGAGGAUUCCCGGUCAACUGUCUGCAAAAGGCCGGAGUGUUUGUGCAGAAGAUCGUCACGACGACUGACAUCGUGAUUCCAGGCACCAACAGUUCGACAGAUGUGCAGGCGAGGAUCACAGCUGGAGAGAGCAUCCACGUCAUCAGGGGCACCAAAGGGACUUACAUCAGAACAUCUGACGGUCGGAUCUUUGCCAUCAGAGCAGCUAAUAAGGCCAAGACGGCAGAGGAGAGCUCGACGGCGCCGCCCAAAGACUCGCAGGCUCCGCCUCUGGAGGCUUUAACCAAUGGCAGUGACACUUGUCCGUCACCUGACAAGAAGCAGAGCGUGCCCCGCCCUCUUUCACCCGACAGCCCAGAGAUCAUCAACGAGCUGCAGCGCUACACGGCAGCAACAGGAGCCGGUGCCGCCACAACUCAACCUGCGGCGGCGGCGAGCACCGUGAACAACCUGCCUUCCACCAAACUCCUUCAGACCAACGGCGCCGGCAGCGGGAGCGGUUGGAGCCACCAUGACGCCUCUGUGACGGUCCAGCCCAGCUCUGACCCCACGGCCCCCCAGGACCUGAGAACCGGCUCCAAGCGCAGAGCCCCCAGCCCGGCGGCGGAGGAGCGUCCCAUCAAGCAGCUGUCUGCGGGCAAACACUCCUCGGCUCCUCUGGCCCCCCCAGGCUUCCCCUUCCCCGGGGGCUACGGCCUCCCCCCGCUGGGCCUCAACCCCACCAUGCUGAGCGGGUCACUUGGGCACCCGCUGUUUGCGGGGGCGGGUUCGCCUUACUUCCAGCCCCCCCGUGCUCAGCUGGGGGACCCCGGGUACAUGUAUGCAGACCUGUUUGGCCUGGGCGGAGCCGGCGCUGUCCCCGCCUCCUCUUCAGGCACCUCAUCAACGACGACCACCGCUACUGCCGUCUCAUCUUCCUCUCCAUCCUCCUCUUCCUCAUCAGUCAAAGCCGCCAGUCUGGUUCCUGGCGCCCUGCCGCCCUUCAUGCUGAGCCCGAGCAUGGCGGGCAUGGCCGGGAUGCUCCCCCCAGGCUUCCCCCUCUCCUACAGUCAGUCUCUGGCGAGCCUCUACACGGGGUCCAUGCUGCCGGGGGGGCUGCCAGGACCGGCUGCCACUCCCGGUCCGGCCGGAGCCAGCUUCCUGUCCCAGUAUCCUCCCACCGCCGCCUCCAGCUCCUCCUCGUCCUCCCCUUCCUCCUUCUCCCCGUCGGCGCGCUCUGACGGCCACCGCGGCCCGGUUCUGAUGAACGGCGGGAACGUGAGCGGCGCCAGCAGCUCGGACGACGACGACGACGAUGUCAUCGAGGUGAGGGGACACUGACAGGCGAAUCACGAAGCUGCUUGAUUCAAUUUAACGAUCGUCACAGUAGGACGGCGUCCUGUCUGUCAGGAGUCACACGACCCGAGGCGUCGCCAGGGAAACCGAAUACAGACAUUAAACGUGAUGACGACUGAGCCCCCGAAGCGUCUCGUCCGUUCUGCCGUGGAGAAACAGUGUGAACACAGAGCGACACCUGAAGAAGAAACAUCAGGAAGUAAAAAGCAGCAGAGAGACGAGGAGGAGAGUCGAGGACUUUGGGCUUCCAUGUUUGUUUUUGUUCAAUACUGGCAUUGAUACUAAUCACUGGACUGAGUCCUGCUGAUCGUGGGCCUGCAGUGACCUCACACGGCCACUAGUUGUACUGUUGACUUUAGAGAUUCUAGUUCUGCAGCUUUGCUAAUUGUCCAGACUCCUUUGCUUUAUUCAGCUAAUUAACUGACGACGUCAGAACGGAAAAAAAACAAAAAAAAAGGUUUGAUAGUGAAGUUAGCAGGUAGAAACGUUUGUUAAAUAUCAGUAACUGAAAUGGUUUUCUUUGUCACUUGUCAAAUAUUGCUACUGAAUAUUUCUUCAAAUGGUUAAAGGUUCAAAGUUCAAACGGACGUUUUAGAAAAAGCAUUUUGAUUGGAGUUAAUGAUUCACUGCCAGGACAGGGGUAAUGUAGAAAUAAAACAAAAAGAAAGGGUCUUCUGGGGAUCUUGAAUUAUUGAAGAAGCAUUUGAGGCUUUUUGAGGACGAGGUGAAAACCUUUACGCUCUAAUGAAAGAAUGUAUGCUCAAUCAAAUGCCUUUAAACCAGGCCUUUCUCAAAAGAAUCCUCUUUAGGCGUCAGACGUGGGAAGAUCUGAUUUUUCUUUUCUUUCUUUGUGUGUGUGUAUUUUCUAUUUAUGUAAUCUCUUUUACUUUUUAAAGAAAAAACGAUUGCCUAAAAACAACCAGGUGAAAAUGAGAAAAAACAAACUGUGUUCCAGUGAGGUGUCGUCCUCGUAGCGGAGAAACUACCAACAGAAAAUGCCUUUUUGCCUCCAUCUUUCUGAAUGUUAGCUGUGAGAGAGGAGAGGUGAAGAGAGACGGACUCUCUGAAUCUCACCCACAGUCUUACUGUAGCCUAGAGACAAACGAUGCAAAACACUCACUCAAGCCUAUAUAUGUAUUCGUACAAACCCCGGAGGAAUUGAGCUCGCAACCCCCGAGUUUUGGUUUCGCUUGUGUGGUUCUUUCUGUCCGUGUCUGUGCGUCGUGUCGUUCAGGGUUCAAAAGGAAUCGUUUAAAGAAAAUCAGUAAAUAGAAACUUGUUACUCGGUUCGUUCUGACACAGACUCCACCUCUGUUCUUCUUUCUCGGUCUCAUCAUAUUUUGUGAACAGAGGUCGUGUUGUGAAACCAAACUGAUUCUCUUUCCUUUAUUUUCUUUUUCUUUUGGAGAGACGGUGUAGCUUUGCCAAAACGAGAAAUCACACGAGCACAUCAACAAACCUCCGCAGGAGAGGGUCGUGUCUUAAAGAGACCAAAUAACGAAAUUAAAAUCCGCCUCAGCACGAGACGCACAUAUCCACCUCUCUGUCUGAGCUGCAGGUGGCGCUGUUCACCGCACUGCACUGUAAAAGAGACGUACAUCUGUAGACGACGAGCUUCAUCAUGUGACCAAGUUCCCUUCAGAUAAACCACAACCCAUCGUUCUGCUGUAGCGAUCGAUCACAAACCGAUCGACGCGAUCGGCUCUGUCCUCCUGUAGAAAAUCUUCUCCUCCAAAAAUAAAAAAUGGCCGCAGCUUUAAGAAGCAGCAGCUCUGUGGACGAAGCGUUUCCUGUUCUCUCUCUCUUCCAUGUUUUCGUUGGUUUACUCAUGUUUCAUUUUCGUUCUCCUCUUUUUACAAUGUUUGAAUUUACCAAAUUAAUUUAUUUAUGACGGUGCAUAUUUAUUCAUUUUUAUUUUUGUACUGUUUUUUUUUUUUGAUCUCCUUUUUUGUUGCUUUUCUUUAUCUUGUUUGUAAAAUUUUGAUGCUCAUUUUAUUAUUGUUGUUACUGCAGAUGGAAAACGCUUGGGUCUUUAGUGUUUAGCGUUUUGUUUUAAAGAAGUGACGAUCUGCCAGUCUGACCCAGUACAUGUGAACCUGUGCAGAACUUACAUGUGGACCAACCAGUCGCUCGUUACUGUCACAUUAAUAUCCAGGAGAGAACUUUAAGAAGGAUGGAGUAAAUACCACAUCCUGUUUACGAUAACUCUGAUCAGCUGUUGAUCACGAGGAAAAGAAAAGAAGGACAUCAGGAACUUUUUGAUUUUCAGCUUCAUCAGAACCUCCUGCAUGUUCUCAGUAUUUUAUUAGAAUAAAAUGAGCCAUUUGUGAGCAUGUAAGUGAAGAUCAUUCACAGGUAAUGAGUCAGAACCUGAGGCGGUCCAACCACUCGUUAGCAGAAAAGAAAGAAUUAUAUCAAGUGCUUUUCUUUUCUUUCCUUUUUAUUUUUAUUUUUUUGUCGUUCAUUAUCAUAUCAUCAGAAAUGUCCAUCUGUGUCGUGACGGCAGACAAGCGAGUUCCCUCGGUGUCGAACUGUCUGGUUGUCAGCUCUUUUAUUUCACAGCUUUCUACUUGAAUUUACAUAUUUAUUUAUACGAAUCGAUCCGGUCGGACGAGCCGAGCCGACUGAAUUCCAUUUUAGCCGAGGAGAAGAUUAAAGCUGCUGUCUUUGAGGAUCGGCUCCAGUCAAAGCCUGUUGUGUAGUGUAUCGAUGGAUAAUGUGUAUGACCUUGGAUUACUUUUAGAUCCUUUUUUUUUUGCUUUUUUUGGAAGUUUGUAAAUAAAAAGAAACGUUUUAAAUAAAA